AUGGAAGGCGAACACGCCAACUAUGGCUCACCAGCCAAUGCAGCAACUCCGGGUAGUAACCCGAUCCUAGCGCAACCGCCCAUUCAGUCUAAUGUGUCGGGUGCGCCUCAAAGCUCUGAAGAUGUGCAAAUGUCCGAAAUUCCCUCCGCAGACCCCAUCAUCAAGCAAGAUAGCACUACUCCUGCACCUGCUGGUACUUCAGAUAACCCACUUGAUGCCCCUCCUGCACCGCCUGCUGAAACUACCCUAGCUAAGGAUGAUGAGGAAAUGGGCGACGCUCAGGCUGAACCUCGGGAUGGACGUCCCCAAGACAAGGACGUCGAAGAUGCAGCCGCUGCCGGUGACGGUAACGCUCAGGAGGUGAAGUCAAAGGAAAGCAUCGAGAAUGCCGCGCGCGAACAUCUUAUCUCCCAAACCCACGCAAUUGUUCUACCUAGUUAUAGUACCUGGUUCGAUAUGAACGCGAUUCACAGCAUCGAACGGAAAGCUCUCCCCGAAUUCUUCAACAGUCGGAACCGAAGCAAGACCCCCGCCGUAUACAAGGAUUACCGCGAUUUUAUGAUUAACACCUACCGGUUGAAUCCCGUUGAAUACCUGACCGUAACUGCGUGUAGGCGAAACUUGGCUGGCGACGUUUGCGCCAUCAUGCGCGUCCACGCGUUUCUAGAGCAAUGGGGAUUGAUUAAUUACCAAGUUGAUGCGGAUCAACGCCCAUCUCAAGUCGGCCCGCCCUUCACAGGCCAUUUUCAAGUCAUCUGUGAUACCCCUCGUGGGCUCCAACCCUGGCAACCCUCGGCCGAUCCGAUCGUACUUGAAGGCAAAAAGAACCAGAAUACCGAUCAAAAGGUCAAUGCUGCUGCUACUGCCGCGGGCGAGCGAAACCUUGAGAUUGGUCGCAACAUCUACGAGGCUAACGCGAAGGGGGCGAAACUUAACAAGUCCGAGAGCAAGCCUAAUGGCGAGGCCACCACCAACGGUGCAACAUCUCCAGUACCUGAUGACAACCUGAGCAAACCCAUCGCUAAGGUGCACUGCUACAACUGCGGUAUCGACUGCACUCGACUCUAUUAUCAUCUGCCGGAGGCCAAUUCCACUAAUAAGGCGAAGUGUGACUUGUGUUCCAGCUGUUUUGUGGAAGGCCGGAUACCUGGAAAUCAAUCCAAUACCCAAUUUGUUCAAAUAGAGAACAAAACUUAUUCCUCCGUUCUCGAUCGCGACGCCCCAUGGACAGACGCCGAGGUCCUUCGACUUCUUGAGGCCUUAGAGAGAUAUGAUGAUGACUGGGCUGAGAUUGCAGCGCACGUAGGCACGCGAACCCGAGAGGAGUGUGUUUUACAAUUCCUCCAGUUAGAUAUUGAGGACAAGUAUCUCGAGACGGAAGCUCCUAUUCAUGCUCCUACUGGUCUUGCUAUGCUCGGAAAGCAUGGCGGACAUCUUCCUUUCAGUCAGGCUGAUAACCCAGUCAUGUCUGUUAUUGGAUUCCUCGCUAGCCUCGCAGAUCCUAAGACAACAGCCGCAGCAGCGAAGAAAUCUGUGGAACAACUCCAAGAGGGCUUACGGAAUAAGAUUGAGGGCAGUGACGCGGCUAAGGUUAACGGAAAGGGGAAAGGGAAGGAGGGUGACUCAAUGGAAGUAGACGGUCACGAAGAGAAUGCCGGCACUGCUGCGUCUGACUUGGCUAGCAUACCGCUUGCCGCCAUGGGCGCGCGUGCAGGUGGCCUAGCUUCGCACGAGGAGCGAGAGAUGACGAGACUCCUCUCUGCCGCAGUAAACGUCACCCUACAAAAAAUGGAGCUGAAGCUAAAGUAUUUCGACGAGAUGGAGGGUAUUCUACAGGCAGAGCGACGCGAAUUAGAGCGGGGCAGGCAGCAACUCUUCCUCGACCGACUUGCCUUUAAGAAGCGGGUACGGGAAACACAAGCAGGCCUUAAGUCGGCUAGCAUGAACGGUGACGUUAAGUCUGAUGGCAGCGGUCUCACAUUCACCUCAGCUCCUCCGUUAAGCGCUGUCCAACCACUGGGUAGCGACGGUAAUAUCAAGAGCUACGAAGCCUAA